UUUACGUGAACUAAACAAAAUCUUGGGUGGACCUUGAUGUCUUCUGGUAUUUUUGUCACUAGCUUCAAAUAUGAUAAUGAUAAGUGUCUCUUCUGGACUUUAAUGUGAGGAAAAUGUCACAUUCAGCUAAUGAAUUCAGCUGGAGUUGCUGGUCAUUCCUAAAGGCUUGUGAGAAGACAUAAACAUGGCAUUGAAUAGAAUUCAGUUGGUGAAAGGGCUAGAAGAUGUGACUCUGUGUGAGAAAGAAGCCUGUACUUUUGAGGUGGUCCUCAGUCAUGCGUACAUCCAGGGUCAAUGGAGCAGGGAUGGAGUCCCACUUAAAUCCAGGCCUGUUUGUCGAAUUGCCACGCAGGGGAAAAAACACACACUCACACUUACACGCGUCACGGUUGCUGACAUGGGUGUCAUCAACUUCAAGGCUGAAGGGAUUGAAAGCUCUGCCAUGCUGACAGUCACAGCCAGAGAUAUAAAGAUUGUGAAGGAUCUUCAGAAUGCCAGUGUGACUGAGAGGGAGAGUGUGACAUUUAUCUGUGAGGUCAACUGGGAAGAUGUAGAUGGGAAGUGGUACAAGGACGACAGCCGGUUGAGAGCUGGGGACAAUGUUAAAAUAAGAUGUGAGGGUAAAAUACACUCCCUAACCUAUAAAUCAGUCAAACCAGAAGAUGCUGGUGAGAUCAGAUUCACUGCCGAGAGGGUCUCUUCAACAGCAACGCUACGAGUCAAAGGUUAA